CAAGAUAACGGUUCUCUGUCUCCCAGACCCGAGUGAUACGGGUCAUGAGACCCAGACCCCUGCUCCUGCUGCUCCUGGGGGUCCUGGCGCUGACCGAGACCUGGGCUGACCCCCACAGCCUAAGAUACUUCCACACCGCCUUGUACGGACCCGGCCGCGGACAGCACCGGUACAUGGUCGUCAUCUACGUGGACGACUCGGAGAUCCUGCGGUUCGACAGCGACGCCGCGAGUCCCAGGCUCCAGCCUCGGGUGCCGUGGAUGGAGCAGCUGUGGAUGGAGCAGGAGGACCCAGAUUUUUGGAAGGACCAGAGGGUGAAAAUCAAGCACAACCAACAGACCUCCCGGGAGAACCUGAACAAGCUGCGCACCCACUACAACCAGGGCGACGACGGGUCUCACACCCUCCAGGAAAUGACCGGCUGCGUGGUGAGGUCGGAUGGACGCUUCCUCCGCGGGGACAGCCAGUUUGCCUACGACGGCGCCGCCUACGUCUACCUGAACGGGGACCUGCGCUCCUGGACCACCGCCGCCAAAGUGGACCAGAUCACCGGGCGCAACUUGUUGCAGGUCCCUGAUGCGGAUGAAACCAGGGCCUUCCUGAAGCACACGUGUGUGCGCCGCCUCCAGCUGCUCCUGGAGAAGGGGAAGGAGACGCUGCAAAGAGCAGACCCUCCAAAGACACACGUGACCCACCACCUCAUCUCUGACCAUGAGGUCACCCUGAAGUGCUGGGCCCUGGACUUCUACCCUGUGGACAUCACCCUGACCUGGCAGCAUGUAGGGGAGGACUUGACCCAGGACAUGGAGCUGGUGGAAACCAGGCCUGCAGGGGACGGAACCUUCCAGAAGUGGGCAGCUGUGGUUGUGCCUCCUGGAGAGGAGCAGAGAUACACAUGCCAUGUGCAGCACCAGGGGCUGCCCAAGCCCCUGACCCUGAGAUGGGACCCCGGUCCUCAGACCACCAUCACCAUCGUGGGUAUUGCUGCUGCCCUGGGUCUCCUUGGAGCUGUGGUCACUGGAGCUGUGCUGUGGAGGAGGAAGUGCUCAGGUGGGCAAGGGGUGGGGCUGUGUUUCCUGUCUCCCUGGGGCUCAAGCCCAGGUGGAAGUGUGCUCUGCCUCCUUAAUGGGCAUCAUGUCCCCACACUGGUGCUUGUCCAUCUGGGGCCUAUUUCCUAACACUGACUCUUUAGUGAGGCCCGUGGGAAAGUGAAGGACAAAUUUAUCACCUGAUGGUUCUAGUGAUGGGGACUGAUCCUAGCUGUCACAGAUCAGAGGGGAAGGUCCCUGCUGAGGACAGAUGUCCAGACAGUGGUUGGUCCAGUUCCAGCACACAUACUGUCCCUGUAUUUCCUGAUCCUACCCUAGUGUUCAGUCACAGUUCUGGAACCUUCCCUGUGCUUCAGGAGUGUGGGGCUCCUUUAGGGUCAUGGGACCCAGCCCUCCCCAUGACUUCUCACAGAACAUUUUCUUC